AUGUGUUGUUCGCGCAUGCGCAGAACGAAACCCGAGUUUUCGCACAUGCGCAGUACAAAUCGUUAACUCAAGAAAAUGCUGUUUGUUGUUAGAUGGCUAACUAGAUAAACAUUUCUUAACAAAGUGAGCUAAAGAAGUUUGGGAUGUCAGCCCCUCGGUCUGCCUCGUCGAAAAGUUUUACCUCAACUCCACUCAAAAGCAAAUCUGUUGUCCGAAGAAGUAUCCCCAGAAGCAGGAGUGUGGACUCGACUGGCGACUCCACCUACUCUCUACUGUCCCCCAUUUACCAUGAUAGCUUUGAAUUGUCAGAUGAUGAUGAUAAGGAAGAAGCACAGAAACACGGUCAGCCACCUGAUGACCCGUCUCUUAUAGCACAUGAAGAUGCUGUACCCAUCAGUCCGAACAGGAAUGAGUCCCCCCCUCACGCAGACGAUACCGCCACAGGACAGCUGAAUCUGAGUGCAUGGGAACAGUGGCUUGUGAGUAAAGCCAAAGAAGAGCGACUUAAAAUUCAUCAAAAAUCCCUGCAGCGACAAGCUCUGAACGAAAAGAAGAAGCAAGAAGAAACGGAACAACAAAGAAAAAAAGCAGUGAGUGAGUGUAAAAUUCAAGAGUGGCUUCAAGUGAAGAGAGAACAGGAGAAACAGGAAAAGCUUUGCCGGGAGUCCCAGAAAACAAAUGAAAUGCUUCAAGAAGAACAGAAAAGGUUGGAGAUCGAAAAGAAAGCCCAAGAAAAAUAUCAAGCGUGGCUGCAUAAAAAAAAGCAUGAGGAAAAGGAACGGAAAUUGAAAGAACAAGAAGAAAUCGCUAGAAGAGAAAAGGAGGAGAGAGAUCGUAAAGAGCGAGCAGAUGAGAAGUUUAAAGAGUGGCUUAAAAACAUAAAGGACAAAGAAAGACAUACAUGCGAGUCAUCAGCAUGUUCAGCUGGUGGCUAUGACAAUCUCAACUAUCCAGCUCCCAGUUUUGUAAAUCCUAUUCCCUGGAAACCCAUUCACAUUCCCCAGCAUGAUAGAACGCCCAGGAAGAAGUCAGUACACAGGAAGCAGCCGGGUCCACCAAAAUAUCGCUCAACUCCGUGCCUCACUUAUACACCGAAAGACACGAUCAGCUUUGCAUCCAAAAAAAGACUUUGA